CAACCGUCUCUUUUGCUUAUUCUCACCGCGUCAAAAAGAAAAGAGAGAAAAACCUCUUUUUUUUUUCUUUCUUAUUGAUCUCUCACGCGAGUCGAAGAUAUAGAUCGAUCGUACGUUCGUUUGAUCUCUCAGGUUUGCUUCUUCUUCGACUUCGGAUCUCCCCGAUGAUUUCGUCGUGCUUUCAAUUUCGGUUUCCGCUUCGUCUCGAUCUUCGCCGUCCUAUUCCCAUUGAUUACCCAGGAAGCUAGGGUUUCGCCCGAUGAAGGAUGAACGCCUUUUGUACCUCGCUUCUUUGGUUGUUUUUGUGUAUAUUUAGGGUUUUAUAAGUAAUGAACGGCUGAUCCCUCUAUGGCGUUUCUGGAAUUAGAUUAGGGUUUAGGAAUGGAGAUUAGAUUUAUUAGGUUUUGUUUAUGAUUUCUGUGGACUUGGGAGUAUUCAGAGGAUUGGAGGUUUUUUGAUUCUCAGUCUUGGUACUCCUUGGGAAGCGUGUUACUCUUCUGAGGUUUCUGUGGAUGAAGCAAGAUCGUCUCUGUGGGUACAGUCUGCUAAAGUUAGUGUUUUUCUCAAUGUGUUUUUAUAGUAUGAGUUACUACAAGGCUCCCAGGAGAUACUCUAACGGAAGGAACUUCGGAGUGGAAAGACAACAAGGUUUUGUAGCUGAUAUAGCUCCCAGAAGACCUUAUGUUCCUUAUGAAAACAAGGGUCCUAAUAAGUGGUCUAGGAAUCUGGUUUGGACGGCGUCAGAUGGAAACAUGCCGAGGAAGAAUGGUAGCACCUAUGGGUCAACGAAACCACAAGUUCCAGGGGCACGAUCUAGUGUGUCAAAUCUGCAGAGGAAGGAUGCUGCGUAUGGGCAAAGAAGCUCGUCUGUUUCAGACAAGAGAGGUUGGGUGUCUAACGAUAGAGGCAGUCCCAAGUCUGAGGUAUGCGUCUGUAAGUUUUGGAAAGCUGGAAACUGCAAGAAGGGUGAUCAAUGCUCUUUCUUGCACUCUUGGACUAGCCUCCCCGGGAUGGUCAUGGUAGCUGCUCUUGAAGGACACAAGAAGGAUCUGAAAGGGAUUGCACUUCCUCAAGGUUCAGAUAAACUCUUUUCAGCCAGUAGCGAUGGUACAUUGCGAAUCUGGGACUGCCACACUGGCCAGUGUGUUCAUACAAUCAACCUCCAGGCGGAAGCAGGGUCGUUAGUGAGUGAAGGUCCAUGGGUUUUCCUUGGCUUGCCGAAUGCUGUGAAGGCUUUUAACGUUCAAACCAGUAAAGAUUUGCAUCUUAACGGAGUGAUUGGUCAGGUCCGUGCUAUGACUGUUGGCAAUGGAAUGCUUUUUGCUGGGACAAGUUCUGGUAGCAUAUCUGUCUGGAAGGCAACUGACACCGAGUCUGAUCCUUUCACAUAUCUCACAUCUCUGGAGGGACACCAUACUGGUGAAGUCACAUGCUUUAUUGUUGGAGGUCAGCGAUUAUACUCUGGUUCUGUUGAUAGAACAAUAAAGGUGUGGGAUCUCUAUACACUGGAAUGUACGAUGACACUGAGGCAACAUACCGACACUGUCACCUCCCUCCUAUGUUGGGAUCAGUAUCUCAUAUCGUCUUCUUUGGAUGGGACCAUCAAAGUCUGGGCUUGUUCUGACAACAGCAUCUUGAAAGUUACUAAUACACGCAGACAAGGACAAAGUGUGCAUACUCUUAGUGGAAUGACCGAUGCAGAGGGCAAACCUAUUGUAUUCUGCUCUUACCAAAACGGAACAGUCAGUAUAUGUGAUCUACCAUCUUUUGAAGAGAGAGGAAAGAUGUUCUCUACGAACACGGUCGGUGCAAUCACAGUUGGUCCUGAAGGGUUGUUAUUCACCGGAGACAAGAGUGGGAAGCUGCGUGUUUGGAGUUUAGCUGGCACCAAAGUUUAGCAAUUUAACCAUUCUUGGUUGAUUUAAUAUGUAAAUGAGUUUAAGAAAUUGUCCUUAUGUAAUGACUCGGAUACUAAAUAUCCAUGCACUAAAGUAAUAUCAUGUGCUUUCAGGCUU